GUAUAAAUGGAAUGGAGUCAGACAUGUGGUUUCCAUAACGUUCCGUUUGUUCCAUUCCAGCCAUUACAAUGAGCCCUUCCUCCUAUAGCGCCUCCCACCAGCCAACACUGACGUGCACAUGUGUAUCGAUCGCCUGGCCACUUUUCUGACUGGCUGUUUCACCAUGUGAAGUCCAGCUGUCGAUGCCUGUUAUUUUUCCCCUCUCUCCUGUCCUCAUAUAGCUUAGCCUAGCCUAGCCUAGCUUAUCCACGUCACUCAUAUUGACCUGCUAGCCUAGCCUAGCUAUUCACUUCACUCUUAUUGACCUGUUAGCCUAGCCUAGCUAUCCACUUCACUCUUAUUGACCUGUUUGGUUGUUAGCCUAGCCACUUUGCUUUGCCUCCAGUGCAAAAUAUGCUGUUGUGUAAUGUUUUUGACAGGGGCUGACGUGUAGCGAUUACCAAUGUCUCGCCGUCAGUGCAGCCCAUGUGGAUGGAUUUUCGUGGAAGUUUGGCGAGAGGCCAAACCAGCCUCCCUCCCUUUACAUGACCACAUUGUGCAAUGUGUGCUUUUCUCCCUGCUGGAUGGAAGCCUUUUAUUUAAGGAGCAGUCAAUCUCCCCCACAGAUUAAGCCUAGUCUUUGGUAGAGCAAGACACUACCACCUCACAUUAGAAUGUAGUCGAUAGACUCCGGUAUCUUGGUAUUGUGAGUUGGAAUGUGGAGAUUUUGCGUUGAAAUGAGAAUCUUCUUACAUUGUGAAGUCUUAUUCCAUUUUGAUGGGUUUUGUGUUCAGGGCAUUGCGGGUUCAAAGGCCUGUCUGGUUAGUGGUUGUUUGUUAUCGGAACAGGAUGGACAGACAUGAAAGCAAAAGAAGGGAGAGAGGAUUACUGGUUUUGUCCCGUUCUCUCUAUCUCUGGUUGAUUACUGGUUUUGUCCCGUUCUCUCUAUCUCUGGUUGAUUACUGCUUUUGGCCAGUUCUCUCUAUCUCUGGUUGAUUACUGGUUUUAUCCCAUUCUCUCUAUCUCUGGUUGAUUACUGGUUUUGUCCCGUUCUCUCUAUCUCUGGUUGAUUACUGGUUUUGUCCCGUUCUCUCUAUCUCUGGUUGAUUACUGGUUUUGUCCCGUUCUCUCUAUCUCUGGUUGAUUACUGGUUUUGUCCCGUUCUCUCUAUCUCUGAUUGAUUACUGGUUUUGUCCCGUCUUCUCUAUCUCUGGUUGAUUACUGGUUUUGUCCCGUUCUCUCUAUCUCUGGUUGACUACUGGUUUUGUCUCGUUCUCUCUAUCUCUGGUUGAUUACUGGUUUUGUCCAGUCCUCUCUACCUCUGGUUGAUUACUGCUUUUGUCCCAUUCUCUCUAUCUCUGGUUGAUUACUGGUGUUGUCCCGUUCUCUCUAUCUCUGGUUGAUUACUGGUUUUGUCCCGUUCUCUCUAUCUCUGGUUGAUUACUGGUUUUGUCCCGUCCUCUCCAUCUCUGGUUGAUUACUGGUUUUGUCCCGUUCUCUCUAUCUUUGGUUGAUUACUGGUUUUGUCCAGUCCUCUCUAUCUCUGGUUGAUUACUGGUUUUGUCCCGUCCUCUCCAUCUCUGGUUGAUUACUGGUUUUGUCCCGUCCUCUCUAUCUCUGGUUGAUUACUGGUUUUGGCCCAUUCUCUCUAUCUCUGGUUGAUUACUGGUUUUGGCCCGUUCUCUCUAUCUCUGGUUGAUUACUGGUUUUGUCCCGUUCUCUCUAUCUCUGGUUGAUUACUGGUUUUGUCCCGUUCUCUCUAUCUCUGAUUGAUUACUGGUUUUGUCCCGUUCUCUCUAUCUCUGGUUGAUUACUGGUUUUGUCCCGUUCUCUCCAUCUCUGGUUGAUUACUGGUUUUGUCCCGUUCUCUCUAUCUCUGAUUGAUUACUGGUUUUGUCCCGUUCUCUCUAUCUCUGGUUGAUUACUGGUUUUGUCCCGUUCUCUCCAUCUCUGGUUGAUUACUGGUUUUGUCCCGUUCUCUCCAUCUCUGGUUGGUUACUGGUUUUGUCCCAUUCUCUCUAUCUCUGGUUGUGGUGACUCCAAGAUAGAGGGAGGAAUCCUGAUUGAACCAAUACUCUGGAGGAGGAGUGAAGGCAGAGGGAGUGGCGAUCAGAGUAUCUUUCCCUCUCCCAUCUCCUCCCUGCUUCUCUUCGUCACUGGGUUAGGCACCACCCUUUUAUGGAGUGUACACACACACACACGCUCAUGUUCUCUCCUGCUUACAGUGACCACCAGCUACUGUAUACUGAACUCUGUGUCCGUAGACCUGCUGCACUUCUUUACCCAGAGAGAGUUGGAUUAGCUCUGGUUGGAUUCCAGCAGCAGGACUGUAAGGGCUUGGUCUGUAGAGAGUUGGAUGAUAUCACUCAGUGGCCGUACUCUUUGAAGCCUGUGUUGCAGGAGGCUGGCUUGCUCCAUGUGCCUCAGAGAACGAGACGGGAGAGAAGAGAUUUCCAGAGGCAAGUCAUCUAGACGUGACAUAUAGACAGCACCUGCUCUCUCUCUCUCUCGCAAGGAGCUCUUCUCUUUUUCUCCUCUCAGUUGGCCUGCCCGCCAUCCCACACUGACUAGACAGGAUGACAUGGCGUCCUCAGUAUCGCAGCUCCAAGUUCCGCCACGUGUUCGGUAAGGCCGCCACCAAGGAGAACUGCUACGAUGGCGUGCCCAUCACGCGGAGCGUCCACGACAACCACUUCUGCGCCGUCAACCCGCGUUUCAUUGCCGUCAUCACAGAGUGCGCCGGGGGUGGAGCCUUCCUGGUCCUCUCUGUCCAUCACACAGGGAAGGUGGACCCCCUUCACCCCAAAGUGUCAGGCCACAGAGGUAACGUACUGGACAUCAAAUGGAACCCCUUCAACGACUUCUGUAUAGCAUCCUGCUCAGAGGACUCCACGGUGAAGGUGUGGGACAUCCCUCCCCAUGGUGUGCUGAAGAACCUGACGGUGCCGUGGAAGGAGCUGCAGGGUCACAGCCGCAGGGUGGGCCUCAUCGAGUGGCACCCUACUGCCAACAAUGUGCUCUUCAGCACUGGCUAUGACUACCAGGUGAUGAUCUGGAACCUGGACAGCCCUGAGGCGGUGAUAAAGAACCCGGUGCGGACCAUCAGCCACCACACUGACGUGGUGCUCUCCAUGUCCUUCAAUACAGAUGGCAGCAGGCUGGCCACGUCCUGCAAGGACAAGAAGAUAAGAGUUCUAGAGUCACGCACUGGGAACCUGCUACAGGAGGCCAACUGUAAGAACCACAAAGCCAGCAAGGUGCUGUUCCUGGGGAACCUCAAGAUGCUGCUGUCCACUGGCAGCUCCCGCUGGAACCACAGACAGAUGGCUCUCUGGGACCAGGAGGACCUAGAUGUGCCUUUGUUACAGGAGGACCUAGAUGGUUCGUCUGGGGUGCUCUUUCCUUUCUACGAUCCAGACACACACAUGCUCUACAUAGCAGGGAAGGGUGAUGGUAAUAUCCGGUACUAUGAGAUCAGCUCAGAGAAGCCCUACAUGCACUUCCUCACAGAGUACCGCUCGCACACUCCUCAGAAAGGAAUGGGUAUCAUGCCAAAGAGAGGCCUGGACGUGAGCUCCUGUGAGGUGUUCAGGUUCUACAAACUGGUGACGAUCAAGGCCCUCAUCGAACCCCUCUCCAUGAUCGUACCUCGCAGGUCGGAGUCGUACCAGGAUGACAUCUACCCCAUGACGGCGGCGAGCGCGGCCGCCAUGUCGGCCGAGGAGUGGCUUAGCGGCAUUGACAAAGGCCCGGUGCUCCAGUCCCUGAAGCCUGGGAGUCGAGUACCGGACUCCUACCCGGAGCUGAGCUCCGGCCUGGGCAGUAAGGGGCUGGGCAACUCCCUGGGCACUCGGCGGUCCCAGAGCCGACCAGGCCAACUGCAGCUGGCGUACAUCCAGGACCAGCUUGGCAACAAGGAGGGCAAGGAGUGCAGGAGUAAGACGUCUGUCAGCAACGGACAGGACCCCACGCUCUGCUCGCCUCCCAAAACAGAGAACGAGGUAUGCGGCGGUUUUGAUCUGCGUCUGAAGUUCCACAAGCAGCAGGAGGAGAUCCGGCGUCUGCGAGAGAUGCUCAACCAGAGGGACGUACGCAUCAAGCAGCUGGAGCUGGAGAUCAACAACGUGAGGAAUUCCCAGGGCUCGCACUGAGAAGAGGCUCACCUUGCCCCCCCGUCGUACCAAGCCACCCUCACCUCUCCCUGGAUUACUCUCUGACCACCCCUCCCCCGCUAUCUCACCCUGGGGGUCUCACUGUAAUUAACACCCCUCUAACCCCUCGACCCCCACCUUCCUUACCCUAAAGACAAGGGCCCUUCCCAGGGGCCUCGCUGUGUCAUCUCAGAACACUAUCUGUCUCUGUGGAUGGGUCAAAGCCUCACCAAGGCUUCUCAUGUCCCCCAUAUAUGUACAUACACCCAUAGACUCUCAGUCACUCCUCAAUAUGUAACAUAUUUUAAUGCUACUGCAUCACUAUACAUGUAAGCCGCUUGUCCCUCUCCCUGCUCCUCUCCCCACAGUCAGUUUUCCUUUUUCCUUUUGUACGCUUCAGAGCUAUGCAAGUUUGAUUUAUUUUAGUUUUGUUUUUGUGGUAAAAAAAUAUGUUUAUGCCCUUUUUAUUUGAAAAAUAAUGAAAAUAAGAUGUACGUGCCUGUCUUUAAAAGAUGGUGUGGUUGUCUGCUGGUUAUAUUUGAAUGUUGUCUGGAUGGGAGCAGAUGUCACACAUGAUUGUAAGAUACACUGAAUUUAUUUUCUAUGCUUUGUGAUUUUGCCUAUUUAAACAACUGUACAUGGAUGGAUGCUGGUGGAGAUGUCUGCGGUGAUGUUUACAUCUAGAAUGACAGAAUAUAUGUGUGUGUGAGAGAGGGGGAAAGAGACGUGCUUCAUUUUGUUUAUAUUGAGUCAAUUUGGGUCUUUUGUAUUUAAAGGUAGACUCAGCGAUAUGACGUAGAUGCAGAAAGUAAACAUAGUGGGUCAAUUUCCACAACAACUAAGGGCGUUGAAGCGUGAGUCGAAACUUCUCCUCUUUAUUGGUCCCGCUACCGUGGUGUGAACAGCGUGAAGAGAACCCGUGCACAUGCGCAUAUACAGUGUGUGACUGUGAGAACGAAGUCUUGCAUCUCGCUCGUCACAAUAUCUGCGCUGCUGCUCGUGGCAACGCCAUUUCGGUGAGUCUAACUUUAAUGAAGCUGCGUUUUGUUUUAAUGACUGGUAAACUGGUGAAAGAUCAAUCAACUGAAAGAACAAUCGUUGCCCAGCAGCUUCUAAAUACACAAUUUAUUUUACCCGAAAGCAGCCAAGGGAAUCUCACUUGUCGUUUUUAAAAUUGCAUUUAUUUAUUCUGUUUCUUUUUUAUUUGUGGACAAGAAAAGGUAGCCGUAUGUAAUGAUGACCAAUUACAGAGGCAUGUUUUCACACCAGUGGCUACAGCUCUAUGCUUCAGGCACACCAUUGAGUAUGUCUAACGCUGUCAGAUAACACACACACACCACAUCAUGUAGGGAGUGGGUUGGUAGGGCACACAAAGUUUUACUGUUUCCCUGUCUGGUGCUGGUCCAUCCGUUUUCAUUGUUCCUGAAGCCGCUGUGUAAAAGUAGGAAUGUUUUUUUUUUUUUUUUAAGGGAUUGAAUGAACCUCAAAAAGCCAUAGUGUAAUAUAUGACUUAACAGGGAACUUAAUAACUAUGUUGUUAAUUUGUAAGUGCUGACCCAAGUGAUUGGGUUGUCUCUUGAAAACAACAGAGGAAACUGUAGAGGGGAAUAUAUGUGUUUGGAGCAGGCUAAUUUGGAACGUUCAGGAUAACACUAAGCCUUUUUUUUUUUUUAUAUGAUGUCAUUGCUUUUGUGAUGCACUACAGAGGAGGCUGGUUGGAGGAUCUGUAGGAGGACAUGCUCAUUUUAAUGGCUGGAAUGGAAUGAAUGUAACAGAGUCAAACAUGUGUUUGAUAUCGUUCCAUUUAUUCCAUUCCAGCCAUUACAAUUAGCCCAUCCUCCUAUAGCUCCUCCCGCCAGCCUCCUCUGCUGCACAAGUACUUACUUGGUGGUUCAUAAUAGUUUGAAAUGGAAAUACUAUGGCAAGAAAUGGGAUUUGAACUGCUCUGUAAUUGUGCAUCAUAAUAUGUUAGUUAGACAAUCAGAGACCCACUGCCCCUGUCCAAAGAAAAGCAAGAGGCCAACGUUUGACUUGAAUAUCGACAUUUUACACAAGCACGGCACACAUACGCCAAAAUAUAAUUGUGAGCUAUUCAACACUUGUGAGCAGGCAUCUAGAGAAGACAUCCCCUAUUCCCAUAGAGAGCAGUAUUUUUUUGCCCGUGGUCAAAGAGCAGCAUGAGGGCAAGCAAACCACUGUCACUGCUAGUAUAGAUUUAUUAAUAAUACAUUAACACGUAACUGCAUAUGCUUGGAUAAUAUUGCACUAAGUGGGCCAGGGCACCUGCAAUGUGUUUGCUUUUAGCCUUUUUGUUCAGCUCAUAUAUGCAGGCCAAUGUAGCUCAGUCAGAGUAUUGCCAUGUGAAGGGUAAUAUUUCUAAAUGGUACUUGACUGAAUGGAGUCACUACUUGGCUGAUGGCACCUUAGGGAAGACAGAAACAAACUGAAAACCGACUGUUAUUGUAAUCCUGAUGGUCAUUGUGGAGGGCAUGUCGUCUAUCUUGUCUAGCUAGCUUGGCAUGUGUACUUUAGCAAUACGUCUCUAGGUCUUUUGUAGACCUUUUGCAUUUACUGCCAACUACAAUGGCUAGAUAUCUGGCAAUCACAUCCUUGUACUACUACUUUGGUGCCUAGGCCUCUUUAAGCAUUGUAGACUUCACCGACUACUGUAUCCCAUUUCUCUUCAGGAAAGAUACGGUCAAGACCAAAUCACAAAGUCCAUUCCAGGGACUUGAUGGCAUUUUAAAUCCCCAAACUGUGUGUGUCCCAUUUAUACAUUUUUACAGAAGCAAUAUUUUAGCAGUAGAAAGAGCAGUAGUUUGAGGGAAAUACACUACGAUCACUAGCAUUAUCUUGCUCAUUGGAAACAAGGACGUCUGUAUAAAUAAGUUGAAAAUGGAGGGUUUCUGCUGGGCAAUAUCAUGACUGAGCCUUACUGUGCCUAAGAAUCAAGCUGCAAUUUUAGUUUUCUUUUGUAUAGGUAUUAUGAUGUCUUUCAGAACGAAUAUUAAUAUUAGUGUUCACACAAAUACAGUGAACAAUUUAUGAAAUGAUUCUAAUUUUGUUCCUGUUAUGUUUAAUAUUGUUUUUAUAUAUAUCAAGAAAUACAUCAGGUGUAGAGAAUAAAAAAAAUAGGUGAAAACAUUA